CCCAUUUCUCCUACAACAAAGGCACUACAUCACUUCUGCCCUUCAAUCACCUGGAUCUCAACACUCCUUUGACUGGUGUUUACACCUUGAUCUCCACUCAUUCGAUAUCCUUUUACUACCAACAUGAACACUGCAAGGCUCCUGCGCCUGCAGCCCCUCCGGGCGGCCGCUCUGCGCCAGCCAGCUAUGCGUCAGGCCACUUUCCGACAGGCCAGGCCCUUCCACAAUUCAAGGGCCAUGUUGAGAGCUAAGGAAGAGGAACACAGCGCGCACACCAUCACCCAAAGAAUCCGAACUCUCAAGAAAAUCCCCCCGGAAUUGCUCCCACUCGGAGUGGUCAUCCUCUUCGCUCUCGCCGCGGCCACCUUCGCCAUGACACGAAAGCUCUUGACCGACAAGACAUUGCGUCUGCAUAAGAACCCCCCCAAGCCUGCUCAUUAGGAAAUCUAGGCUCAUAUCAAAGUGAAACAUCCAAGGGCGCAGGUACUGAGCAGCGAUGGGAAAUUUGUAUGCAUCAAAUCAGUGGUUUCGAAUCCUCAGACUGCCGAGCAAACCAUCAUAUUGGAAUGCAAGAAAUUGCCAAUCUGCAAAUGUGUACAUAGGUAUCAAUCAAUUUCAACUGUUCCUCAUG